UGCCCUUUUUCCGGUCGUUCGUCAGAUUUUACCGUACAAAACGGUUAUACUGUGAUACAAAUCGGGCACUAGGACCAUGUGGAGGCAGCCGCCUCAAACUGAAGGCUAUUUUCCCUUAGACCCACCUACAAGCUCACUGAUUGGCUCUGCCGCAUCAUACUAACGUGUGAUUGGUUGUCCUUGCUGUCGCUCUACCUUGUAGCCAUAGAGACGACAGACCGGUGUUUUCCCUGCGGACAGGAGUCUGCGUUCAUCUAACUGUACGUUUUUUUUCUGCCUGCUUCACGUCAGCUGGAUAGAUUUUAAUAUCAGAGCUUUUGUUUACACGUGUUUGAGUCCGUGGUUAGUGUGUGUGGAGCAGAGUCGGGUAGCUGCAUGUCUGGGACAGAAAAUGAGACAUGAGAGAGAGUUCUCCUGAAGUGUUGCAGAAACUCUCAAAGAAUCACGGAUGUGUCUCACUCUAGAUUCUCUGGGUCAUAACUUCUGAAUUACUAGUUGAAUAAAAAUACUUCAAACGGUUUCUAAAAGUACAUAAAACGAGCUUUCCAACGAGGUAUUGCAUGAUGUAAUUCAUGUUACUCCAAAAAUCGCUAUUAGAGGGAAACCAGCUUAGCAGCGUCACAGGAAGAAACGGAGCGGACCGCGACGGGAGAGCGAGAACCAAUUAAAGGAGGAGAUGAUCUGAUCAUCUUCAUCAGCAGCUUUUAUAAAGUUAUGGAAACGUCACAAAUAAAAUGCACCUGGUUGGUCAGGUGUCCCAGAAGGCUGUUUCUGUAGAUGGUGACAUGAGGAGGGACAGAUUACAGUCACACUGGUUUUUAUUUGAACACACAACUGUUUACUAAAUGAUUCAGCUUCAUUCCAGCAUUAUUUAAACAUACAAUAAAUAUUUAUUUAGCUGAAAAUAUCAUUUUAUCAGUGCAGAAUUUUAUUAGUUGACUUUUUGUAAUGAAAUGUUUACAUUUAACCUUUUAUCUGCUUAUUGAUCUUCAUAAUGCUGGUAGAAAUGUAGCUACAGUUGUGAAGUAGCCCAUGAGUGUUAUUUUAUGAUACCUAGUAUUUAUUUUACUGUAUCCCGUUCUCUGGACCAGAGCGUAGACCUGUGGUCACAGACAGGCUGCAGUCAUUAAACUGGUUAACAUGAGGUCAGGGGUCACACUGUUUUCUGAGUGUUUGCAACACAGUUCUGAGUUUAAAUACCGGUAGUUCUUCUGACAUAGUUUGCUCGUCAUUUAGAAGUUCCUGUUUAGUAAUAAAUGUAAAGAAAAUUCAAAUCUGUUUUUUUUCAUUUAAGCUGCAGUUUUACAGACUUUAAUAAACAUAAACACAAAUACAAACCAGACACUGAAAGCUGAGGUUGUUCUGAAAAAAGGAGCAGAGUUACAAACAUUUUACACUUUUAUUACAAUUUUAAAGCCAUAAAACAAAAAAAAUACUUGCUAUAUGUAUGGCCAUAAGAGGGUUAAACGUGAUAAAUUUUCCACCUCCCACAAAGAGAUGGUAAAAGUGAAUGUGAGCAUAAUUAUUUACGUUUUAUUACUUUAUUAUGUAUUUUUUAUUAUUGACUAUUACUCCAAAGAGUUCAGAUGAAGGCAACUGGACUUCUUUGGUUUCUUUAAAACAUUUCACUUCUCCUCUGAGGAGCUUUGUCAGUUCUAACUGGAAUAUGGGAGAGUCAAGCUCAUAAGCUGUAGCUGUCAGUUGUUAAUUAAAGAGCAGAAACUACUCUGAGUACCCCGCCUCUCCAUCUCCUGAUGAGUCGUUAGCCUCUAUUGAUGGUGAUUCAUCGUGUUGAUUAGAUGCAGGAAGAUGUGACCUAGACUGAAACUGAAUGAGAUUCAAAAAAAUGUUCUAAUCUUUUAAACAACGCUGUUGGUCCUCUUGGUCCUUGUUCUGGUUUUUCUAAAACCCGGUGUUAAAAACCUUGGUGUGUUUUUAGAUGGUUCUUUUAAUCUUUACAGACAGGUGAGUGCAGUGGUCCAAUCAGGUUUUUAUCAUUUAAGGCAGAUAGCAAAGGUGAAGUCAUACCUUCCUGCUAAUGUCUUUGAAGAAUGUCAUCCACCUGUUUGUGUCUUGCCAAUUGGACUACUGCAACUCCCUGUAUUCUGGCCUGGACCAGUCCUCCCCACACCGACUUCAGCUGGUCCAAAAUGCAGCGGCUCGCUUGCUGACUGGAACCAGCAAGUGGGAUCACAUAACCCCGGUUCUGGCCUCUCUCCAUUGGCUUCCUGUCUCUUACAGGAUCCGUUUCAAAAUUUUACUUUUUGUUUUUAAAUCCCUUCAUGGCCUGGCCCCAGUUUACAUCUCUGAGCUGCAGUCCGCUUACGUCCCUGCCAGAACCAUGAGGUCCAGCUCUCAAGCUCUUUUAACAGUUCCAAAAACCCGCCACAAGACUCGCGGCGACAGAGCGUUCUCUGUGGUUGGGCCCAAACUGUGGAACAAGCUACCUCUCAACAUCAGGACCACACAGAGUCUAGAGCAUUUUAAAUCCCUUCUUAGGACGCAAUUUUUUGAUUUGGCUUUUAAUGCAGGUUGACUUGAGCAUCUUAAUAGUUUUUAACAGUUUUUAUCAUAGAUUGUGACUGUUGUGUGCUCAUCUUAUUUUAGGUUUUUAUUGUUGAUUUGUUGUAUCUUGAUUUGUUUUACCUUGUACAGCGCUUUGGUGUAGCUUUGCUGCUGUAAAUGUGCUCUAUAAAUAAAAUUGACGUUGACCUUGACCAAAGCUGCAUUAUUGGUACUGGAAAGGUGAAAUCUAAGCCCCGCCCCUAUUUAAAGUGGGGUUUCCACGUUUUGACAAAGAUAGCUUCUUUUACUCCUCUCUCAAACCAUCUUUCUUCUCUGUCCAGAAUGUGGACUUUGUCGUCUUCAAAGGUGUCCCUUGUCCUUCAGGUGAAGGUGGACUGCAGAGUCUUGACCUGAAGAGGUGGCUCUCCUGUGUUGUGUUAUGUUCUUGUGUAAUUGUUGUUUAGUUUCUCUAAUGUAAAUAUCUGGACAGUCCUCACUACACUGGACUGCAUAAACGACCCCAUUGAGCUUCUGUUUGGGUGUUUUGUCUUCUGGAUGGACCAGGUUCUGUCUGAGGGUGCUGUUGGGUUUAAAGUUUACCGGGAUGUUGUGUUUGGAGAAGAUUCUUCUAAGUUUCUCUGAGAUUCCUGCCACGUAUGUGAUGAUGGUGCCUUUGUGUAAAGGGUGUUGUUGUUAGGUUAGUAGCAGAGCUCACAUGUUUAGUGUUAAGUUCAGUGAGAUCAUGGAAUGAGAUCAAGAAUUUUCUACUGACAGGAAAAAGUUCUCAGCUAACAUAGCUGUAGAUCACACUGGAUAACUCUCUGUGGGUGCAUUUAUUUUACAUUUAUUUUUCUACCUCUUACUAGAGCUGUCUUUAGUAAGCACAAAAUAUCUUUGGUUGUACACCUGUGCAAUAGCAAUAAAGUGAUUAAAGAAAUCCAGAACAAGGUUAGGCCACACCAAUAUAUCUGCUGCAUUUCUUGCUUGACAUCCAUCCAUCCAUCCAUCCAUCCAACCAUCCAUCCAUCCAUCCUCUUCCGCUUAUCCAAAGUCGGAUCGCGGGGGCAGCAGCCUAUAGAGGCCCAGACUUCCUUUUUCCCAGCCACUUGGGCCAGCUCCUCCAGGGUAAUCCCAAGGUGUUACCUGGCCAUCCGAGAGACAUAAUCCCUCCAGCGUGUCCUGGGUCUUCCCUUGGGUCUCCUACCAGUUGGACGUGCCCGGAAAACCUCACCAUCCUAAAUAAUGCUUAUUUCUGUUGCUGUUUAUGGUGUUGGUGAGUCUGGGUCUUGGUCAGGGCUAGGGUUCGGUCUUGGACUGAUGCGAACCCUCUCACACCAGUAACUGGUCACGCUAAGCCAACGACAGACUCACCCUUAAGCCCCAGAUUCCAGUUAACAUGGUGAAAUGACAUUAUCAUGCUGUAAGUGUGACUCAACAGCGUUUUACUGAAUGGACACAACACAUGGCACCUGGAGAGACAACGGUGUUGACAAAUCUGUGAAUUAACACCCUUUCAGUCCUGACACAGAAAAUUACGAAGUAAUCACAUAAAGUGUUUCCUCUCCUGCUUUCUCUGCUUAGCUAAUGAUAAGACACAUUAGCAGAAAUGUUUUUCAUAACGCACAUCUGUGUUCUUUAAUGAACCUAAUGUCUGUCAAAACACACUGGUUGAUUGCUGCUCUGAGCAACUCACAGCCAUUUGGAGCAUGGGCAUACACCUGCACACCGAGCAGUUCCUGGUAGUAAAAUCACAUUUUAAUUCCAGUUGCUUUGGUGAAGCUACAGUUUAUUUCAGAUUAAGAUCUGAAAACUGGCAGCAAGUCAAGUCGUUUGGGAUUUUCACUAUGGUAGAAGUAGGGUUUCACAAUGCAUUAUCAUUGCUUCAAUAGUUUUGUGUCCAAUUUGUGAUUUCUGAUUAAUCUGUUGCCAAAUGAUCUGCAUAUGUUUGGGUGUUAUGGUAUUUCUUCUGAAAACUGCCCACACACUGUGUUCCACAUGUAAAACUACACCAUUUUAUCAAAUCCUACAAAACAGGAAGACGAGUUCCAGUUAUUUUCCCUUUAGCAUGCUGCAACAAACGCUAUAGUGAAGGUUUGCAAGGAUUUACUGCUUCAUCUUAACUUUGACAGAAAGGUGAAGUCAUGCAUACCUAAAGCUGGCAGGGAAGCUCGAGUGAACACCUGCAUUAUUUCCUGUGGUGCAACAGAUUUAUUGCUCAGUGUGUGCUGGCAUGGUUUGCACUUCUCUUUGUGAAACCAGACUUGGACCUAGUCAAAUGCUCAACGGUACUUUUGAAACGGUGUCUCUCAUUUUGCCGAUUGGUGCUUUGAAGUUUGUUGAGCUGACAACCAGGAAAAUAAGAGGAACAUUGUAGUUUAAAAAGAAAACAUUCUUCUUUGUUUAUCUUGGGGGUUUGUGCAGAAAACAAAUGUGGUUUGGCUAACAGCUCAGGUUGAGGGGCCUGGAAAAGUACCAUUAUGGCACCAUUAUUGCUGAGUGCUAAAUGUUGGCCUUUGAGUCAGUCUUGCUCAGCAACAAAUUACAGGCUUUCAGUGUGUAAAACAAUAGACAACAAAACAAAACCCUCUGGAUGCAAACACAUGGAUCACACUUCACUCACAGAAAAGCCUAAAACAAAAGAUAAGCUGCCCCAUCAGGACAGGAAUACACCUUCAAAGACCUGCAGAGCCAGGGAACAUUCUCUCAACUGGCAUCUGUAAUAAAACAAAUUGUUUGGAUCCCUAAAGGCAAAUCAGAAACUUUGACUUUGUCCAAACUUGUAACCUGCUUGAGCUCAUUUCCACUCGGUGCAUCAAACGUGUAAAAAUUGCUGUUACAUGAAAAGCUUGUUUCACAUGUUCACUUUACUUUUUAUUUUUCUAAGGUUAUUAUUUGCAAAUAUCAGAGUUAAAGUCAGUUUGUCACAAAGACUUGACUUAAUCCCACCACUUAGUAUCAAUUUACCCCAAAACCAGCUGCCUGCUCUUGCUAAUGAGCUGGGAGUAAUACGCUCUGGGAUAUCGUUUUAUUGUGCCAGUCGUGCGCUUUGAAGACACAUUGAGCGUUCACUUCCCCGAGUAGUCAUUACAGUGGAGAACAGCUCUCACUGAAGCAACUUAAUUUUAUAUAACACACAUGGCUAAUUAGAAAGAUGCGGUGUUUUUGGGAGGCAAGAGAAAGUUAGACUUGAGAGCCCCUCGAAGCCAUGGGGAGGCUCAAUCAGAAUAACAUCAGUCAUUAUAUCAGAUUUUCUGCAUUAAAAACAGCUCAGUACAAAAUCAUGAGGCUUUCUUCAAAACAUUUCUUUAAAAAUAAAUAUAUAAUUUGUACAAUUGGAAGCCAGAAAUACUGGUACAAGACAUGCAUUUUCUCUAUAGGAAAUUCACCAGAAAUGAAUGGUGUGGUUCACUGAAAACCCAUUUUUUAUGAUUAGUUCUGAUUAUAAUCAGUCACUCAGGUGAAAAUGUUCAAAUAUCAGGAAAUAAAAGACUCCAAAACCUGCCAUCUGAAGCUCAGCUGUGAUGUCCAAGAAACUGUUAGGUCCAAGAAAUGGUGCAUAUUGUUUGUCCCCAGAGAACAAUCUAUAAGGUUGCAUGGUGGCGCAGUGGUUAGCACUGUUGCCUCGCAGCACGAAGGUUGCAGGUUCGACACUCGGCUGUGGCCUUUCUGCGUGGAGUUGCGUGUUCUCCCCAUGCAUGCGUGGGUUUCCUCCGGGUACUCCGGUUUCCCCCACAGAUCACAACAUGCCCUAUAGGUUAUAAAUCGUAAGUCGCUUUGGAUAAAAGCGUCUGCUAAAUAAAUAAUGGAUAUUAUUGGUGCAAUUGUUGGACAAAAUGACUUGCUAUGGUAUUAAUUGCACUAAUAGAGCGUCCAAGGAGUCUCCACUUCCUUUUUUUUCGGUAAGUUUAAUUAUAUUUAUGUAUUUUAGGUCACUGCUGCCUUUUUACUAGCUGAGUUUAUCGAAGUAGCUAGCUAACUAUCAUUUUAACAUGUAGCAUGUACUGUUUAACCAUGAAAUUUAGAUGUAAAAUAUGGUAAAUAAUUAAUAGGGCAUAUGUCGAUGGGUUCAAGGGUAAAACCCAGUGCAUUUAACAUAAAAAUGGGUUGAAAUAUGACGGAGCUCUUGGAGGGACACUUCUGUGCUCCAUUCUUCCACUCGGUUCUCCCCGGCGGUCAGCCCGGUGCAUGUCUGACCGAUGCGGCGCCUAGCUGCUGCGCGGGCUGACCGCUUGUGGAGCUCUCGGACUCGGAGAGAGACCUGACUGCAGAAAUACUGCAGCUCAGUACCCUACCUAAAUGCAAAGUUUGAGAGACGUGGUUCACUUCAUUUAGCUAAUGUCAGUCUGCACUGCCUUCGGGCUGAUUUGUCAAGUUCACAAAAUGUGGAACGGGCUGUAAGGUUGGGAUCAGCGGCAAAUCGGAACAUAUCGAAGCCCUGGCCAACGAAACUGUCCACUUGACUAUUACUGUCAGGCUUGGAGAAAAUUCGGGUUGUUUUUGUGUCAGUCGGUAACUCUGCUAACAGUGACUCUAACGCAGCACUAGUUGACAGACAUCAUACAGUGUGAAAUCCAGCUUUACACCACAGCGUGACCCGGUUCUGUAAGGAAUUCUGUUCAGGAGGUCGCAUUUCAGGCUCUCCACAUCAUAUGUGACUGACUUUUACGUUAUAAUAACGAUCACGCACUAGGGAUGUUAUAAAGCGCCUAUAUAGGACAGUUUCUUUUGUAUAUUAUCUGACUUUAUAAACAACAAUGUGCUUCUAUUUUUUUUCAGGCUAAAUCUACCCAAGACACUGGUUUUCAGACUGAUUUAGUAGUCUGCAAGAAUGCACUUGUCCAGCCUGACGUGAAGCCUUACCUGUAGCAAAGCCACCCAGUUUAGAGCUCCCAGCUGCUGUGUGUCUUGUGACACAGGGACCAUGACGGAAAUUCAUCUUCCAGAAAGUCUGGCUCAUCAUUUAGCCAGAUUUCUAAGUUCCUGGGUGCCUUCAAUGUGCAGGGACUGUCCAAGCAGACAUUCUAUCGACAUCAGCCAAAGCUCUUAAUUCCAACAGUGAGCUGGCAGUGGCAGCUAGAGCAAGCUGAUUUCAUCCAGGAGGCUACUGAAUCUGGACCUGUGACUCUUGGUGGUGACAUGCAAGCUGAUUCACCUGGACACUCAGCCAUAUAUGGCAGCUACACCAUGAUGGAUCUCAAAAAAACAAAGUUAUUGAUAUCUAACUCGUACAGAGCUAUGAAGUUGGAAAUAGUGUGCGAAUGGAGAAGGAGGGAUUUGUGAGAAGUCUGAGCACACUUUUGGAGAGGGGGGUCGAUGUGCAGCAUGUCGUGACUGACCGCCACACAGGGGUGCAGAAGUAUUUGCGGGAGGGAAAAAGGAAAUCAGUCACUACUUUGACCCCUGGCACAUGGGGAAAGGAAUUGGUAAGAAAAUCGAAGAGCUGGGGAAGAGAAAGACGACCCAGGAUGUGAGACUGUGGAAGCAAAGUGUGGUGAACCACCUCUACUGGUCAGCAUCCAGUUCCUCCUCAGGACAGGAGGCAGUAGCAAAGUGGACUUCAGUUGCCAACCACGUCCAAAAUGUGCACAGCCAUGACAACGCCCUGUUCCCUAGCUGUCUGCAUGCACCUCUGGAUGGAGAACAGGCAAGACAGUGGCUCAAACCAAGAUUGGAAGGAGAGCCAGUCGACGGUUACCUGUUUGACCUCAAAUCCCAGUGGAACCAAUUCUCACUCUCCCAAGAUGCAUGGCCACUCCAAAGCCUCAGGCUGAAACCCAAUCUGGAGCUCUGCUCAGAACGUCACAUGGGCUCUCAGAGAAACAAUACACUCAGAAGUCAGGUGAAGAGGCAGCUGGAGAGACUGAACAGGAACAAGGCUGCAGGUCCAGAUGGUGUCAGCCCCAGAGUACUGAAGGCCUGUGCAGAGCAGCUCUGUGGGAUUCUGCAGCACCUCUUCAACCUCAGCCGGGCCCAGGAGAAGGUUCCAGUCCUGUGGAAGACAUCCUGCCUUGUUCCAGUUCCAAAGAAAACUCGCCAAUCAGUCAAUAAUGACUACAGACCGGUUGCCCUCACAUCCCACAUCAUGAAGGUCCUGGAGAGAAUCCUGUUGGUCCACCUCAAUAAGCAAACUAGAACAUAUCAGUGCAGUUUGCUUAUCGCCAUGGAGUUGGAGUUGAAGAUGCCAUCAUCCAGCUGCUUCAACUGUCAUGGUCUGCAUCUGCGUCUCCCCUCAUGUGUCUCCUUGUGUUCUCCAUCCCUCUCUAGGCUCUGCUUUUGUAUGUCCUAACGCCCUCAUGUGUCCUUGUCUGCGUCUCCCUCAUGUGUCUCCUUGUGUUCUUCAUUUGUCCCCAGAUCUGCAGCCCUCUAGGUUUCCCUCCCCAGGUAUCCCCCUCCCAGGUCCAGUGCUCCCGUGGUCCCCCUUGGUCACGCCCCUGUAGUUUUCUUUUCUGUAGUGUUUUCCUUUAGUUUCAGCUGUUCAUUUAUUAGUCUCUUUUAGUGUGUUUAUUUCCCCCCCACCGGUUCUUUAGUUCUCCUUCCUCAGAUUAUUAGUUAGUUAUUUUGCUCUUCUUGUUUUUAGGUGUUGUCUUUAAUCUUAGGUCGUGUUAGUUUUCUUCCUCUUCUACUCACUGCCCUCUCCCUGAUUAGUAAUUGAGUUCACUAGGUUUCUCUCCCCACACACCUGCAGCUCAUCCCCUCUCAUCCUGCCCCAGUGUAUAAAACCCUGUCUGUGUCUUUAUGUUUUGUCGGUUCAUUGUUCGUGUCAGUCUCGUCUCAUUUGCUCUCUAGCUUCUAGCGCAGGGGUGGGCAAUUAUUUUUUCCAUGGGGCCACAUGAGAAAUAGAAAAUAUUGUGGAGGGCCAGGCCAAAAGGCUGAAGUCAAUUAUGCAUAAUAUUAAUGGUAUUUCUUUAUAAAAAGCAGUAAAUACCAUUGUUUCUUCAAGCUGGUAAGAGUAGACUAUAUGUUAUAAAUGAGCAAAAAGGAAAAAGUGAGGUUGUCUUACAAAAAUGUGAUUUAUUCAAAUUUCCCAAGGCAAUGGUAAACAAAGUGUGCACAUUUGGUUUUUGUUAAACAUUUGUGACUUAUAUUAGUUAACAGUUUCAGUCACAUUCACUCCAAAACACAUUCUGAGUUUCAAAUAUUGUUGGAAAGAGGUUCUUAGCAUUCUACAGACACACAGUAUUGUCUGUAAAAUAAAAUCACUGAACUGUGAUCUUGAGAAAGAGGUUUAAAAAAAGUGUCCCAGUUCACUGCUAGUUGCCUACAUUUGUGGUCCAAACACCUUAUUUUGUGUUUUUAAGUGAUUUUUUUCUUAUUCAGUGAGAGAAAUCUAGUCUCUGCUGGGCUUUAACGAGUGCAUCAAAGUCAGGUUGAAUGUCUGAGGUGGAGAAGCGAAGCACAGCUGACAAAUGAUCAUCAGUGAGAGAGGAUCUAUACCUGGAUUUUGUAAACUUCAUCAUUGAAAAUGUUUGUUCACAAAUGUAGGUAGAGCCGAAGAGAACCAACAUCUUCUGAGCAUGUCUCCUCAGGUUUGGAAAGUCCUCCUUAAGAGAAGAGUAGAAAUCCAGCAGAGAUCCUGAAUCUCUGCUUUCAAGUCCCAAACCCUCUUCAGCACUUUCCCCAGGCUGAGCCAGCUGACAGCUGUGUGGAGUCCUCCAAAAGAGCCACAAACUGUCUGUGAUUCAUUGCCCGCGCCCUGAUGAAGUUUAUUAUUUUAGUAACAACAUCAGUAACAUGGUUGAUUUUUAGCACUGACUUGCACAACACAUGUUGGUGUAUAAUUCAAUGCAAAAACACCUAUUUUUGAUCUGCAUCGAUUUCUGUCACUUUAUCUUGCAUGCGUUUCAAAAGUCCGACAUUUUUCCAUGUAAAGCCGGCCGGGCGUACACUGUGCGACUUUUUCACUCGCAGCACUCAGCUUCAGCUCAAAGUGUACGACUUCCUCGCAGAGCAGAUCUCACGAGUCGUGUGCUCACACUGUACAACCCAUUUCUCGGAUGCGACCUGACUGCUCACACUGUACGUCUGGUAGCAACACGUCGGCCCUAAAAAUGUGCUAAAAAUAGCAGUUUUUACUCAACACGUCAGAGUUUUUUGUCUUGUCUUGCCUGUUGUCCUUCGGGAGAGCUGCAGGAGGACACACAGGGAUUUAUGGGGGUUGGAUGAGGAAAACGAAAUAAAGAAAGUAAAUCUGUGUUUUGUGAUCAGUUUAAUUUGACAUGAACACGACAAACACGCUUUCUUGACAAUCUUUGUGAGUAAAAAAAACGUGUAGAAACAAAAACGAACAGCGUGUGUUAUUAGGGAAAUAGCGAGCGACCGGCGUUGAUGCAGGAUUGCGCGCGCAUGCGCCGUGAGCGGUUCUGAUACUUUUUGGGUCGCAGCUGCUCGCAGCGCCGCUUCAACAGUGCGAUACCCUCACGAGGGACGAGCGAAAUAUUAAACACACCAGAGUGCGACCUCACGACUGCUGAUCGGCGGCUGGUCACGUGGUGUUAAUCGCCUAUAACCCCCUGUACACUACACGACCGCUCGGCGCAAAACUCGCCCCGAUGUCGUGGCUUCUCGCACGACUGGAAAAUCGGCUCAAAAAAGUGAAAAAGUCGCACAGUGUACGCCCGGCUUAAGAUUUGGACAACCGUCUGUUGUGACACCUGACAGUCUCUCCCAUUUCAAUCCCAGAGUGUCCGUGCACGCAUUUACCUCUGUAGAAACAUCACUCCCUGUCGUUGUCCCUUUCAUCCACCGCAUUGCUGCCCGCUCCUCUGUGAGCUUGAAGUCCGUUAUCCCCGGACAAAUACGAGCAGCUGGGCUGUGUCGCGGACAUCACAGCUCCCGUCUAAUGAGAAAAAGUCAAAACUUGCCACUUCACGUUGCAGCUGAAGCUCCAGGUUCCCCGCAAUGUCCUCGAUCCUCCUGGUCACGGUUCGCCUGGACAGCGGGAUUUGCUCAAAUGCGCCUUUUUUUUCAGGGCAUAUUAGUGCGGCAGAGUCCACCAUGCACUCUUUGACAAACUCUCCCUCCGAAAACGGCUUGCUGUUUUUAGCUAUUUUGUGGGAUAUCACAAAGCUGGUCCUGGCUGCUGCAUCCCUGGAUGUGUGAAGCUUAGUAAAACAGCCUUGCUGCUUUUGCAACUUUGCAAGCAAAGCUUCGGAUGUCCGUGCCCUCUCAGCUCUCAGCAUCAGACAAGUUCUUGUAUUUUUCCGAGUGUUUCUUGUCGUAAUGCCGACUCAAAUUGUAGUCCUUAAACACGGCAAUCUCCUCCCAGCAAACCAAACACACGGCUUUACCUCCGACUUCAGUAAAAAAAAUACUUAGCAGUCCAAUUUUUGUUGAAAAUCCUGCAUUCGGCAUCUUUCUUUUUUUUUUUUUUUUUUUUUUUUUGCAUGAGCGGACAUUUCUCAGGCUACAAUCACCAUGUCAACCGCGGGCACUUGUUGCUAUACGUAUUGCGUCAUUGUGCACGUAAAAAACAACUUCAAAAUAAAAGCAAUGCAGCCUUAGCCCAUGCAUGAGGUAAAAUGAGAAAAUACAUUUAUUUUGUAAUUUCCAAUUAACCUUACGCGGGCCGGUCAAAGUCAACCAAAGGGCCGGAUGUGGCCCGCGGGCCGUAAAAUGCCCAGGUCUGUUCUAGCGUCUCUAGUUCUCAAGUGUUUUUGGAUCUCCAGUUUUAGUUAUUUGGAUUUUUGGCUCGCUGCCUUCUUGGAUUACUCCUAAAUAAAGGAUUUUAAUUUCGUCUUCCACCUUUGCCUCAUUCAUCUGGUUUCUGCAUCUUGGGUCCUAAACUUCCUCCUGCCCAACUCGUGACAUCAACCAACCCACUGUCAUCUGGACACAGCAGGCAGCAAUGUGAGGGUCCUGUUCUUUGAUUUCUCCAGUGCAUUUAACACGAUUCGCUGCAACACUGACCGCUACUGGCGAUCCUUCCUGCCAACAGCCAUUGUAAUAUACAAUAACUCUUUGAUGACUUGAUUAUUAUUAUUCUGAGCAACUACAGCGAUCAAUUUCCCUCUGGGAUUAAUAAAGUAUUUUUGAAUUGAAUUGAAUUAGGACCUUUAACCACAAAAGUUUCUAAAUUAUGUUAAAUUUUAAACCCAGCUCCAUGUACUCCUAUUCCCUCUGGAAUAACUAUGGUUAGGACCAUGUAUCAUAAAUUAUAAAUGAAACUAUAACAAGCUUUGAUAUUGUACAACUGUUUGUAUUUUAUUAUUGGAGUGUUUCAUAAACUAUAAUCCAACUCUCCUUUUCCUUCUGGACACAUUGUGUGAUGGGUAUGUCUUUGUAGUAUUAAAACCUGCAAAAAUAAACUGAAGCAAGCAUCUUUGCUCUGAACUAAAUUUACUGUGUAUCUUUAUUCCCUUUGUCAUUGUUUUUCAGUUGAUUUGUUGUUUUUGGAAGUCCAAAUUUCCAAGUAAUUAGGACACAAAUGCACCAUCAGCUGAUAGCAAUGGAGGCAAAAGCAUCAAGCUAACGUUAUCUUAGACAGUUUGUUUAGCUGCUGGAGCUAAUUAAGAUAAUGAUGCCUCAUUCAGAUCAUUGUCAGUGUUGUCGUCAUCACCCGGUCCCCCAUUGCAUUUAGGGAAGUGGACCCAAACUUUAGAGAGGUUUCUUUUUACCAUGCUGCUUUGUUUACAGCUUGCCUGUAGCAACUGAUGAGAUAAUGCUCUUGCGCUGCUAUCCAUCUUGGCAAAUUGCUGUCUCACAAGUUCUAGUUAAUGGAAGACAGGAACCAAACUCUAUGAUACCGAAACAAGGCACAGUUUCACAUCACAUGAAUCGGCCCUCGAUCGGUGCCUUAAACAGUACAAAAUUUGGUACCCAUUCCUAGUUAAGAUAUUGUAGCGUAGAUAAUCUACAUAACUAGGAUUUAACGCUGUUUGCUAUUCAGCUCUGUUAGAUCCUGAAAAAGAUCAAACAAUUUGGCUUAUGAACUUAUAUUUACAUAGAUAUCCACGGAUAUUUAUAUAAUCGAUAGAAGUUCAUACACCAGCUGGCUUGGUCUAUAUUUAAUCCAAAGAUGAAUAUUUAAUUUAAGAGAUUUCAUUAAUAGCAAAAGUUUAUUUAUUAAAUCAGUAGACUUAAAGAAAUUUUUGCUCGUUCAGUGACCAAAUAUACACCACUCUGUGUUUCAUUUCAAAGAGUCAGGUUUAAAAAGUUAAGAAUUUAUCACUAACAAUUUAAAGAUGACAAUUUAAAAGACAAUUCAUAAAUGACAAUUUAUAACAGCUUUGAUAUUAAACUUGGUAUUAAAAGCAACCUGUGUCUGGAUGAGAGCUAAAAUGAAAUGUGUGUGUUUGGAUGUGUGAAUGGGUCUCAGAAGGUUUCUAUCAGAGAGAAAGUUAUUUCUUAAAGAGAACAGCAUACAGACACAAUCUGUCGGAAGUGUUUACCUCACCCAGUUAGGAGACCCCCUUUUGGAUCCGAGAUGUCAGGUGGGAUGAUGAACCCCCAAGCACGAGGUGGGUAGAAGAACCGUAGUGUGACCAAAUCGGUCCUGAGAUGUCUCCGGGUCACAACGACUGAUGAAACUGGUUGCGUCUCAAAAAUCAAUAACUCUGAAGGAGUUUUGCGUCAGCUGGUUGCAGAUGGCGCUUGUUGGAGCAAUUCUAUCAGCAUGGCAGAACAGCUUAGUGGAGGCUUCGAGCGGCCGUCUCUAUCCUCUGGGACUCUCGUCGCCAUGGAGAGAUUCUGGUGAGCUUGAAGAACUGCACUUGAACUGAGGAGUUUUGGUUUUAUUAAACCUCAGGACACACCCUCUCAGAGAUAGAAAGCUUUGGUUAUGGAGCAAAGACAUGUGAGUGCAGUUACCUUUAACCCUGAUGUCUGUCCUGCAUGAUGUGUAUAAGUGCACCUGACCUUAUUGUCACUGAUCAAACAUUACUGAUUAUCAUAAAUAAUGAUUAUUAUAAACCAAAGAAUAAUAAUUCAUUUCAGUAAUUAAAUACAUUUAUAAUGAACCUUAAUGAUUACUUAUGAACAUUGUAAUACAGUGAAAAGAGUUUAUUAAAAAUGAUUCUUUUAAAUCUUGAAGUGUCCUUCAUCUUGUGGAUGGAACAGCAGUCAGAUAAAAGCAGUCAGAUUAAAGAUGGUUUGCAGCAGACUUUGUGUCUCCUGUGAUGGAUUAUCUGCGAAGAGAAGCAAAGCUUGACCCAGCUGAGGAGGUGAGACCUUUGGGUAACAAAUUUGACCAUUCAUGUCGCUACAAUAUCAACUAGCUAGCUGUGAGCUACCUUACAACACACUUAUUAAAGGUGUUCAUGAGAGUUCCUACGUUCUCUUGAUCUGCUGAUGAAGUUCUCCAUUUCCUCACGUAAGUGCCAAAGAGAUCUUUCAUGCUUUGAUCACAAAAAAAUGUUUCACAGAAGUUCUCAGUCAUUCUCGCAUGUCUUCACCUUGUCUCCAUAUAUUUUGUUUGCAGCUUUAUUAUAAAAUUCAAUCAUAAAAUUGUAUGCUGGAUGAGAUGACAAAAGUGUUCUCCACGGUCCUGCAGGUCCUGCCUGGACAGCCAGAUGGAGUCCAGCCAGCAUUUGGUAUAUAACAGUCUUUAUGGUGAGGAGACCUGCAGAAACUUUCAGCAUGUUGGCUGUAAUUAAAUGAGCAGAUUUGCACCCUCAUUUGCUGAAAUGAUAAUUCAAGUUUCAAGAAAAUAAGUUGCAGUUAGAGCAUCAAUGAAGUUACACCUUCUGAUUACAGAAAUGUGUAGACUAGUGGAGGCAGAAAAUAUUUUAGUUUCUUGUUUUAGUUUCAAAAUGGGAAGCAAAAGAUAAUGCACCAUGCUUUGGAAAGAAGGCAGACAGGUGGUCCGUAGACACACCAGUGAGUACCAAAAGGUUUACCAGUUUGCACCCAGAUCCUUUUCACCAAGAGCGUCAGUUUGUUUUCAGAAUUGUUGGGGACAAUAACCAUACACUUGAGUGGGGUUUAAAAAUUGCUGGGGACAAUAAAGUAGGCUAGCACAGGGGUCGGCACCCCGUGGUUCUGGAGCCGCAUGCGGCUCUUCCAUCCAUCUGAUGCGGCUCUCUGUGCUUGUAAAAUAAUGAAUGGAUAUUUAAAUAAAAAUGCUUUCUAUUUUACUGCAUAAAUUUUACAUCUGUAUGCUAAUUCUAAAUGUAAAGAUUGUCUGCGUAAACCUGAACAGUUCCAACCCGGUCUUACUGUGAGACCGGGUAGACGCAUCACGCUUGUGCUCGCAGCGUUUUAAAAAGAAACGUAUGACAAAAGGGGCAUCUGCUCAGUAAAACCAUCAACAGGGUGAAAAAUACCAAAAAUUGUAGGCAGAGACGGGCUACAACUUCUGGAUCCAUUUUAUAUAAAUCGUUUUAUUGAUUAUCUUCUUAUGAAAGAUAACUUUGACAUACACGAGCGACCAGGCGCGUUGCAAGCUUUUCAAAAGUGUGGGGGAUGUUGUCUGUGCCUAAAAUUAUUUCAUGUUAUUCAUCUUGUUAGUUCAAUUUCCAUAAUAGCGGAGCAGGUGCGAAUUUUAGACGUGUCGCGCACAUCUCCGUUUUAAACAUGUUUAAACUGUUCAGAAUACAAAUCCAGGCUCUGUCUCGUUAGACUGGUGUAACUAAAGUUUGUACUGAAUGAAACUUUACAUUAAACCAUGUUGAAAAGAAAAGGAUCCGAUUAAAUCGUUUCACCCUCAUUUACAGUCACGGAGUACAUAGUGCGCAUGGCUCAGGGGUUAAUCAAGUUUAAUUGUUUCUCUUUGCAACAAUCUUCACAAGAAGGCAAAACAGUUAAAUGGCGGGUUACAGAUAUUUCCAUUUGACUGUUUGUUUUGACGGAUAAACUCAAGGAUGUUGGUUAUUUUGAAAGAAUUACCCCGAUGCACACUGAUGCGCAUGGAUGAGCUGACAUUUUAAUCAUUAUGCACAUCCCAGAGGUAACUUGAUUCCAAUCAGAACAUCAGAGCUUUAUACUGGACACUGUGUUCAGCGUGGCUCGGAGCGCCCAUGGUGGACAGUGGGCUGAAGAUCUGCAGAGGGGUUCGCAGCGCAGCGCAGAACCACGGUGCAUGCGAUAAGAUUUCCUCCCACUGAAGCGGUCUGGAAACCCGGUCUCUCUGAGGGAUGUGUCUCUUGGAAAAAUGUUCUUUUUAUGAAAUUAUGAAACUUUGGCUGAACAGCGCUUGUUCCCGUCUCUAAUAUGGAGACGCAUGACGCAUCCAGUCUGAGGCAGAAUAGCCUCUUCACCUCAGAAAGCUCCUGUAGAGACAUUUGAUCACGCACAAAGUUUAUGUGGAGCAGAAGCGGUCGGGCCACGGCAGGUGAAAUGUUCCUAGCCUACAUGAAGUGUAACAUUAAUAUGUUACUGGACACGCUGGUCUGGUUGGUUAGACCAGUGUUUGAAGUGGAAAACACACACACACACACACACACACACGCACACACACACACACACCAAUUAAAAUAAUGCUGAUAGCAUGGACUAGAAGACAGGUGAUGGUUUAUGUAUUUAAAUGAUGAUCAGGCUGCUGUAAAAUGUAAUCUCCGUCCACAUCCAGACAGAAUUAUCCUCUAUUCUUUCUCUAUUUGCUCUGCUCUUGUCUGGGAUGACGUAGCUAAUGGUGCGCGCGGCGCGCCUAACUAGCGGCUGAUGCACAUUUUACGCAUUUGGAGAGGUGGGCUGCAGCUUUGCUUUUACUGGAAGAUGGUCCUCUUAACGCACGGGUGUAGACUACAUGUUAAUGACAAAUGAAUGAAAAUUAAAUUGUGAGUUUUUACUUCAUAUUUCAGAAAUAAAAAUGACGGGGGAAACAUUUAUGACGUCUUUUUAAACGAAAUUUUCUGGCGCGACCUGCCUGCUUCACUGAAGUCACUGCUUAUUAAGGUCCGCCCAGAAUUACCGUGGCCCACCCAAAAAUGAAAACCUGGUGCCGCGCCAGUUAUAAACCACUGCAAAUGGUUGUUCUUCACUUUAUCAAACUCAGACUUUGUACAGCUAAUGUCAAGAUGUAAAAUUAUGAAUUCAGUCAAGCUCUUCCGUCCCUCCCUCUCCUGCUCUCCUGGAAACCCGACAUCGGCUGUCAGAAGAGGGAGGGGAAGAAGGAGAUGAGGCAAACAGUGAGUGCGACGUAAAGAAACCAGACUGGUGUGGAGGUGAGCAAAACA